AACAACCGGAAAAAAAUAUCAGAAAGGCCGGAAGUACUAUGAAAAACACAUCACGCUAGCCUAGCAUGCAAUUGUCGAUUUUAUUUAGAUAAUAACAUACAUUUGUUUUGUCAAGUACAAUAACCACAUAGGUAGAGGACACGUUUAUUCACAUCUUAUUUCUCAAUCGGACCGAGUGGACGAUCUAAGUCAAGAUGGGAGGAGGUGACCUCAACUUGAAGAAGAGCUGGCAUCCCCAGACUAUGAAAAACAUAGAGCGGGUGUGGAAGGCUGAACAGAAGCACGAGGCUGAGGCAAAGAAGAUCGAGGAGCUUCAGAAGGAGCUGAGAGAGGAACGAGCUCGAGAAGAUAUCACCAGAUUCGCUCAGCAGACUGGGGCUCUAAAGAAAAAAGAUGACCGGUUGGACUGGAUGUACCAGGGGCCAGGUGGUCAGGUGUCCCGUGAUGAGUACCUGCUGGGCCGCCCCAUCGACAAGCAGAUUACCCAGCAGUUUGAAGAGCCAGAGAAUGGUCCAUCCGAACAAACCGGCCUCCUGCCUGGCUCAAUCUUCAACCCCUCCACCCCUGCAUCCAACCUCGACAUGGCCGCCAAGAUCAGAGAGGACCCGUUGUUUGAUAUCAAGAAACGAGAGGAGGAGAAGAGGAGGGAGGUCUUGACAAACCCAGUGAAAAUGAAGAAGAUCAAAGAAAUGCUGCGUCAGAAUCUUGAAAAGAAAGACAAGAAAAAGAAGAGGAAGAAGGACAAGAAGGAGAAACGGGAAGAGAAGGAGAGGAGAAAGGAGAAGAAGCAUAAGAGAAGGAGCUUGAGCUCAAGCGCUGAGGAUGAAGACAAAAAACACAGGCACCAUUCUAAAGAGGAAUCCAAAGAAACAACCCACUCACAUUCCCACCACCGCAAUGUCCCAGCUGGCUAUGGACUACAGUUUCCAGCUGGGAGGCAUCAUCAGUCCUCGAAGCCCCCCAACCACUCGAGGCACCGUUCUCAGGAGAGGAGCUGCUCUCGAUCUCCUCAAAGGACAGACGGGAACGGCCAUCACUCCUCUCACAGGACAGACAACCAUUCCUCUAACAGGACAGACAACCACUCCUCUCACAAAUCAGAGAACCACUCAUCCCAUAGGACAGACCAGUUCAAAGUUCCACAGUUCCAGCGUCCCAAAGCCCCCAGCCCACAGAAAGAUCGCUACCAAAGGCGUCAGAGCAGUACCACCAAAUGUCUCUCUGCUGAAGAGCUGGAGAAGAAGAGGAGAGAGAUGAUGGACUUUGCCAAACAGAGAGACGAAGAGCGUGAAAUCAACAUUAGAAGUUACAAACGGCAGGAUGAGAAGGAGCGGGAGAAAGAGAAAGGCGGCAAGCAUGACCGCAACGCUGGCUUUAUCCAUAACAUGAAGCUGGAGAGUGCGUCUACCUCAUCCUUGGAGGACCGAGUCAAGAGAAACAUCCACUCCAUACAGAGGACCCCCGCAUCCCUGGAGAAGAAUUUCAUGAGGAGAUGAGAACUAGAAGAAGCAGGAAUGGGUUGAUGGAGGAGAGAGUAAAAAAUAUGCACCAGCUACCACACUGAAAUAUCUGCACCGGUUUGCCAGGACUGCCAACUCAUUUAUAUUUUAAUAAACAAAACAGACACUGCAGAGGCACCAUGCAUUUGCACUCAGGCCCUGUGAAACUGCCCCUUAGUCAUUGCCCUGACUAAAGCAAUGCAAAGGAUCUGACUUCCUCUGUAAUGGCAAAACUCACCCGUGCCAUUCACCAGCAACAUGCUCACCUUUAUAGAAUGAGCAACCUUGGAUUUGUUUUAAGUGGAAAUUGUAUAUUGUGUUCUCUAUAAUGGUUAGAAUUAUUCAAACUUUUAUCACACACACACAACUCUUUUGUAAAUUAUGUUCCUUGGAUAUCUUUAGUGUAUUGCUGUAAAGGAGAAGAAUUGUGGAUCUUAAUAAAAAAUAGUUCCUAAAGCUCUUUGAGUUGGGGACUAACAAACUAAA